UCGUUUCCAGUGGUUCAGUACAGCCCCGGUAGGGUGAGGAAAUGGGUUCCGGUGGUUCAGUACAGCCCCGACAGGGUGAGGAAAUGGGUUCCGGUGGUUCAGUACAGCCCCGGCAGGGUGAGGAACGCGGUCGCUUCGAUGACAGCGAGGAGGAAGAAGAGGAGGACAUGCGAGUCUCGCCGCAUAGACUCGGAGAUCGCGGGAUGCUGAGAAUUCCGGGGGCUGAAAGAGGGGCAACGGUCGUCGAGCAGCCGUCGACGUCGGGUGGCGGUCGCGGUUUGGGGUCGGAGGACAGGACAGUUGGCGUCGUUUCCGGCGGGGAGGGAGGGGAACAACAGUCUUUACAAAAGAGAAGGGGAGGUUCUGAGGGGGAGGCGUCGAGAGCUAAAAAGAAGCAGAAGACAAAGACCCCACAGCAGUCAGGGGGGAAAAGGAAGGGAGCUGAGGGGCAUGUCGGCGCGUCGAGUCAAAAGCGCCCGGCCUCGGCUCAGAAGCCACCCCAGUCGGCCCCUGUCCAGCCCAGAGGUGUCAUCGACAUCGACACGGCAUACUUCCUGGAAUGGAAAAACGGCGUGCGAACAAAGUUGGAGUUUGCCAUUAACCCGUCACAAGUCAUCGACAUCGGCGAGUGGGAGGCGGCAUACAACCAGCGUUCCUUGGAUCCCCGGAGGGAUCGUCUGAAGCCGGAGGACAGGAAGGACGAGCUGGCCAGGCAAUACUACUACUACGCUGUGGCGGGCCAGCAUAACGCGGCUGCAGCCAGGGCGCUGCUUGGCACUGAUGUGGCGGUGAGGUACAACUUCGAGCGCUGGCCUGCACGAAUAGUGUACUUCUCACACGAGGACUUUGAGGGGUACUUUCUCGUCAGCGCCGAUGACAACAAGAAAGACAUGAAGGCCCCUCCGAGACAACUGAAACUCUCCAUGAGAGACAUUCGGUGGUGUUGGAAGGAAUUGGGUUACCCGAAAGUUGUUAUGGGUAACCCCAGCGGGAAACAGGCGCAGGUGGAGGCAUGGCGAAGAUUUUGUACGGAGGCGCUCCAUAGGACGCCGUACAAUCACUUGUGGACUCUCGCCGAUGACAAGACCGAGCAAGGAAUCAAGAAACAGAACGCUGCCCUUCGAUCCUAUUUCCCGCUCGCGAUGGCAGGGAAAAGCGCAUGGGAAAUCGGGAUGAAAUUUUUCGAGAGAUGGGAAACGGGCAGACUGCUGGCACCGGAAGGAGCGAAGUGGAUCGCAAAGAAAAAGAAGGUGCAGGGCCUCAAGCCAGGUGUGAGCCACAUCGAAAACGAGAAGGACGGGCGAAAGGUAGUCGUCUACAAUGUCCCCGUCGAAGGGCCACAAAAGAAAGGCAAGAAGGAAAAAGAGCCAGGCGACUGGUUCGUCCAGGUCACCGAGCCGGAUCCGCACUGCUGGAAGAGCAUGGAGGCCCUUACGGACAAUGAGAAAUGCCGGUUGUUGAAGAAGGUUCUCAACUGCGAGGUGGUCUGGGUGCAGACAGGGUCCUCCGCGUUGGCGAAGCAAGGGAAGCUGGGGAUGCACGAGGCAGUGCAACUGGUGAAGUGUGAUCGCAUAUUGGUGCGGUUGUGGAACUACUACCAGUUCAGGCAUGAGAACCGGCCAGACAGUGACUGGACCACUAAGUACCCCUUCCUGAAAAAACGAGAGGCGAUUUCGGCAAAGUUUGAAGGGCAGGGGCUGGAUGCAGCGUUGUGGGACGGGAGCAGGAAACUCGUCAGCGACUCCUCCUUGUUCAAGGACUGUCCGCCCUACAUGGGUUGCGAGGACGACAAGUCGAUCAAGGCGACAGAAAAGCUGGUCCAAAACAAGAAGUUGCCCAUCGACUGGAAGAACAAGGUCCUCUCCGUGUUGACCGGCAGCAGGUCGAAAAGCAUGGAAGUCGCGCUCGCCGAAGGGAUGGUGCACAUUCUGUGGAACGACUCGAAGGACGUCACAUCUAUUGCCCCGUUCGGUGUCGACCCUCUGGAUGCGUAGAUGAAGGUCGUGGAGUUGGAGAGGGCAGUCGGAAUCACGAAAUGCCACACGU